UAGUGAUGUUCAGUUCUCUCUGCCUCCUCUUUGUCUAAGCUUCUCUCAAAGGUCAUAUUGCUUUGAUUGUCUCUCUCUCUACUAUAAAGCUUUUCUUGGACGCUGCUCCUGAUUCACAUCAGUUUUGAUCUGGGGUUUUAUAGUUCUUGUUUGGAUCAGACUUUUGUUAGUUUUUGCUAUUUAAUUUUUGGAAGAUUUCACAGAAGCAAAACCCAUUUGUUUCUUUGCGUUGAGAGUGGAGACGGUUUAAUGAUCGGCAUAAUCAGGUUUCAAGAAGUGGGUUUUGUGUCAAGGAUGCGCGUUGAGCAAUCUUUGUUAGGGCUUUGAAGUUCUCUUUCUAGGGAUUUUUUAACUAUGGUUAGAGGUAGAGGUAAAGGCAAGAAGCAAACGCUUAUUGCUUCACAUGAAGAUACUGCAAGUGGCGAAGAAGAAAAGAUUCCAUCAUACAGGAGGAGAGGAAGGCCACAAAAACCAUUGAAGGAUGAUAUUGAAGAAAGAGCUGAGAAGAUGGGAGAAGAUGGUGAAGAUGCAAAAGAUUCUAUCACCACCAAAGAUACGAAAAACCAGACUGCCAUCGUGAAUGGUAGGAAGAGAAAGAGUUCAGCACAUGUCAAAGAAAAUCUAGAUACCGCUAAAGAGGAAACAGGUGUUGGAACAAAGUUGAGCACUGAUGACUCAACAAAGACUGUCGGAUUCAGGCAAAAUGGAAGAAAGCGAAAAAACAAGCCUCGGAGGGCUGCUGAAGUCGGUUUUGAGUGUAAGUAAGGCUUUGUUUGCCUGUUGUGAUGGUUUUCUCAUUAUGUUCCUUCUUGAACAGCUCAUUAGUCUGGAUUACUGCUUAUUGGCUUAGGUAUGGCUCCACAUGCCUUCUGCUCUCAAUUUUUCUUUUUUGAUUCUCAUUCUUAUGAGCUGUAUAAUUUUGGGUCGGAGGCUGUGACACAGAUUACACUGCUUAUUCCUGUAUGAAGUUAUCGCCUUUUUGAGCUUAUUCUUUUGUUUUUUGAUACUGCAA